AUGUUAAUGCCCUCUGCGCUUUCAUGCGAUUCGUCGCGCCGACCCACCACUCGAUACCAAUCAGCCCUCUUCGCCUCGCCGCCGUCCAGCCCGCCAUCCAGCCCACAGAACACAUUUGGAAACAUCGUCAAUUCGUGUCGCUCGCUUCAGUCAAUGCUCCAGGCCCCGGCGCUGAUCUACCCGAGUGACAAUGGCGCCGCGCGACAAGACCAAUUGCCUACACCACCGCUGAGUCACGCUCCUCUGCCACCUCUCAAGCUGCGCCUGCGAUCGCGCAAGCAGCAGGAUGCCAAUGGCGACGCCAUCCCGCGCAAGAAGGUCGUGAAGCGAGCUGCUGCACCCCCUCGCGGUGCCAACAAGCGAAGAAGAGCCGCCGAUGACGAUAUGGGUCGCGACGACGACAUCGACAGCGACCUUGAAAUUGAAAGCUUGGAUCAGGACAACGAACAAGAGCCAGAGGAAGACGACAUCCGACCCAGUACACCAAAGCGCGCCCGCAUUGCGCCAGAGAUUAUACCCCUCGGCCUUGAUCGAACCGACUUCCACGACCUUAAUGCCGGAAACGAGGAGGACAACAAGGAGGGCACAGAAAUAGAGACAGAAGCGGAUGGCGAGAACUGGAGCAAGGAAGAUGAUCGCAUACUAGUCGAGCUCGUUCUGGAGAAGCUCAAGCUCACCAAGUCGGAUUGGCAGGAAUGCGCGCGAAAUCUUGGCAAGGACCGCGCCAGCAUAGGCCGGAGAUGGAAGAGUCUGAUGGUCAAUGGGGACGUCGGUCUCAAGACGAGAAGUCGGCGAAGCAAGAUCCACAGCACAUGGAGGUGA